AUGACGGAACGAGAUUCUUUAUUGGGAGGUCCACCACCUCUCUAUCAUCCAGUCGAUCCAUCUCAUAAUCCAGAAUACCCAUCGGCAUCAGGAUCAUCACCACCGCUAAAAGACAAUACACUUCCACCUGCUCAACAAUGUCCACAGAUGGAAUUUAAUACUGCUUGGGCUGGAUGGAAGGAUCGUGGUUUUGCUAUUGCAUUUUGGAUUCAUUGUAUUCUUGUAAUCAUACUUGGUUUUGCAUUGGGUAUACCUGCUGUUCGCGCAGAUGCACGAAAAAGUUUCGAUGAUCCAACACGAACAGCAUUAGACUAUAAUGCUAAUUUAUUUAUUCGUGUUUUCGUUGGUGCUGCAGCCAUUAGUGGAGUUGUUGCAUUUUUUGCAUUUUUUGUUCUUCAACGAUGUGCUGGUCGUAUUAUUAAAUGUUCUCUUUACAUGGGUGUUGCAAUACAAAUUUUGCUUUGUAUCACUUUAUUUAUAGUCGCUUGGCCUAUGGGUAUCAUAACACUUAUAUUUGUUCUUAUUUCACUUUGGUAUAUAUAUUAUGUUCGAAAUCGUAUUGCAUUUGCUGAAGCUCAUUUACAAGUUGGCUGUGCUGCAUUACGUAGCCAUCCAUCUGUCUUAGUUGUUGCUCUUGCUAUGUUAAUAUUACAGUUCUUAUGGAUUUUACUUUGGAGUUUAAUGGCAUUAGGCUUUGAAUAUCUUGCCAACGGAGAUGGUAAUGAUAAGAAAUCAAGUGGCAUUGGAGGUGGUAUAUUUGCAAUAGUUUUACUAACAUCUCUAUUUUGGGGAGCCUUAGUAUUUCGAAAUGUGACACAUUUUGUUACAGCAUGUGUUGUUGGUCAAUGGUGGUUUACAGCAGAUGCUCAUCGACAAUAUGCCGUUGAAACAAGUGUUCAACGUGCAUUUACGACGAAUUUUGGAACGAUAUCAUUUGGUUCACUUAUAAUUGCAUUUAUUAAAGCUUUACGUGUAUUUGCACAAAUUAACGAGGGUAAUGCUCGUCGAGAUGGAAAUAUUUUUCUACUAUUGAUAAGCUGUUGUGCUGUUUGUAUUCUUCGAAUAUUUGAAGGAUUAGUACGAUAUCUCAAUGAAUGGGCAUUAGUAUUUUCUGCAUUAACAGGUCAAUCAUUUCGUUCUGCUAGUCGAAGUUUCAUCGAUCUAUUUCAACAACGUGGCUGGACAAUGAUUAUUAAUGAUGAUCUAGCAGGAAAUGCUUUGACUAUUGUUACUGUUGCUAUUGGAUGUAUUUCAGCAGCAAUUGGCGGCGUAUCUACAUAUGUUAUAAUGCCGCAUUCACCUUCGCGAGCAGCUAUUGCUGGUAUGGCAGCACUUUUCUGUUUUACAAUUGGUAUUGCCAUGGGAACAAUAAUGGCAUCGAUUUUAAGUUCUGGUGUACGAACAGCAUUUGUCUGUUUCGCUAUGAAUCCAACAGCAUUAGGUGCAACUCAUCCUGAACAUUUACAAAAUCUACUUCUUGCUUGGUAUCAAUUUCAACCGCAAGCAUUUGCUGCUAGUGGUUUUGCUAUGCAUUAUCCAAAACCUGCUGGUGCUCCUAGUAAUGUUUAUGCUGCUGUAUAG